AUGGCGUCUGCAAUCCACAGAUGCCAGCAUUGUGGCUGUGAGACCGACCUCUCUAACACGUUGGCUGUGUUUGAGGACAAUCCACAUUGCAAACAGUGCGGGCUAUCGGCCUACGAGAGCGACAUGAAGAUGCAGGACGAGCUCGUCAACAUGAUGGCUCACAACCUUCAGAUUGGCCCUAUUCAACAUCAGCAGGACAUGUCGACACCUCCGACUCCACAGGUGCUCCCCGAACCAACACCUAUCACGUACAUCUCGCAGCACUAUCAUCAUUCGGCACACCAAGUCCACCCACACGAUGUUCCCGUGUCCACCAUUCUCGAGAAUGUUGGGAUCAAUGCUGCGGCUCUGUUUCCGUCUCAGCUGCAGCUGUUCAAGAAUGCCGACACUGAGCAAAGGAUGAGGUUGAUACAACUCUGGCAGAUUGCACCCCCAACGUACGGCACUCAGAUGCAUCCGAACGAUCUAGGCAAUUGGCCAGAAGCGAGCAUGGAGAGGGAAGAAGCGGCUGCAAAAUACCGUCUGUUGAGGGUUGAGGAAGACAAUCUCAAGACGCUGGCUACAUUGUCAAGGCAUGAUAAUCGAAACAAUGCAGAACCGUACAUGAUGCACGGCUAUGGGGCGCUCCCCGAUAGCGGUAUCAUGGCGCCCACAGAGAGCGGGUCCAUCACAGCCGGACAAGCAGGUUAUAACCAGUCCCGUGACCCAGCGUACAAAAGCCGGGAGUGGUGGAAUGUGACGGAUGAGGCUGAACCAAUGGAGCACCAAUAUGGCAUGCUCCAACAGAUGUAUGGCUUCAUGGACUACUCGGCAGCCAGGCGAGAUGACGGCGAUGCAGAAAUGUCUUGA